AACUGUGACGCCAUCCCUUUCGUCACCGCUCAACAAGAUGGCGGCGCUCAGGCUCGAAACAUGCCAUGUAGCCUGUUCGGCUAAUAGGACACCCAACGUCGUUUCUUGGGGGCGCGGGGGGACGAUUGCCUUCGGAACGUGUCACUCAAUAGCCCUGUACGACCCCCAGGAAAGGAGGGUUUUGUCAAUGCUGAAUGGCCACACAGCAAGAGUAAACGCAGUUCAGUGGGUCCAUAAAGAAGACGGUGCUCCUGAGACCCACCUGGUCUCAGGGGGCACGGACAGCCGCCUCCUCCUCUGGGCUGCUCACAACGGCAAGUUUGUCCAGUCGGUGCAGUGUAAAGGCCACACGGGUGCCGUUUGUGCCGUGGACGCCCUCUACGCUGGGGCCAGUAUCCUGGUAGCCUCUGCGGCGGCGGACUCCAGCGUUAGGCUGUGGCUCUGCGGAGAUGCCAAUGAGGCCGUAUGCCUCGACUCGCUAACAUUUAGCAGCGGGUUCGUGAUGGACGUCUCCCUGGCCCUGCUGCCAAGCACCAAAGUUCCCGUUCUGGCCUGCGGGGGCGACGACGCUCGGGUCCACCUGUUCGUGCAGUCCCGGGAGAAGAAGCUGCAGAGAGUCAUGACCCUGCAGGGACACGAGGACUGGGUGCGCGGUGUCGCCUGGACUUCCGUAGGUGGCGAUCUGCUGCUGGCUAGCUGCUCGCAGGACUGUCUCAUCCGAGUGUGGCGGCUCCGCGCCAAGUCCGGGCGCGGCGCCCACUCCGAGGGCGCCCGGGAUGACGGCGUCAUCAAAAUGAAAGAGGACGUUUUCGGAGUGGAGGAGCAAGAUGAGGAACGAGUGUUUGCAGUGGCCUUGGAAACGGUCUUGGCAGGACAUGAGAACUGGGUGUACGGUCUACACUGGCAGCCUCCUUCUUACAAGGGCGGCGAACGACAGGAGAAUCUCAGUUUGCUCUCAGCCUCUAUGGACAAGACCAUGAUCCUCUGGACCCCCGACCAGGCCUCUGGAGUCUGGACAGAGCAGGUACGUGUCGGGGAGGUGGGCGGCAACACGCUCGGCUUCUACGGUUGCCAGAUGAGUCCGGAUGCUUGCGUGAUCCUGGCUCACGCCUUUCACGGUGCGCUCCACUUGUGGAGGAAGGACACCGGCUCGGGUGAGUGGAGGCCCGACGUGGCGCUGUCGGGCCACUUCAACGCGGUCCAGGACCUGAGCUGGGACCCCGAGGGCGAGUUCGUCAUCAGCGUGAGCUCGGACCAGACCACCCGCCUCUUCACGCCGUGGAGGACCGAGCCGGCGGGCCGGCCGAGUCCCACGUGGCACGAAGUGGCGCGGCCGCAGAUCCACGGCUACGACAUGCAGUGCCUGGCCGCGCUGGGCCGCUUCCGCUUCGUGUCGGGCGCCGACGAAAAGGUCCUGCGUGUUUUCCAGGCGCCGCGCAAUUUCGUGGAGAACUUUGCCAACAUUUCCGGGAUGUCCAGGGAGGAGCUGCUGGCGUCAGGCGACUGCGCCCAACUGCCCGAAGGCGCCAGCACGCCUGCAUUGGGAUUGUCCAACAAGGCCGUCUUUCAAGGUGACCCUGCGGCAUCAAACAAAGGCGGCGAGGAGAAGUUCAGCGGCGUCUCCGACCAAUACCGAGAGUCUUACUUCCACCCCAUCAACAUGACCGAACCUCCACCGGAAGAUCAUCUGCUACAGAACACACUUUGGCCCGAGGUCCAAAAACUGUACGGCCACGGCUUCGAGAUGUUCUGCUUGGCGUCCGACAGUGGCGGCACGCUGGUGGCGUCUGCGAGCAAGGCAUCCAAAGCGGAGCACGCGUCGGUGCUGCUGUGGAGUGCCAGCACGUGGCGCCGGCUGCAGGCGCUGCCGUGCCACGCCCUCACUGUCACGCAGAUGGCCUUCUCGCCUGACGCCGCCAUGCUGCUGCUGGUCUCCAGAGAUCGCACGUGGUCUCUGUGGCAACGACAACAGGCUCAUUCAGAGCCUCAGUAUCGUUUGUACGCGCGCACUACGAAAGACACAUCGGUACACAGCCGGAUCAUCUGGUCAUGCGAUUGGAGUCCCGACGGCACAUAUUUUGUGACGUCCAGUCGGGACAAGAAGGUGCUGGUGUGGGGACCUUGUACAAAGGAUAACCGUAGCAACUCUGUCGCUCUUGCUGAGGUGAAGCCGUGCUCCUCCAUCUUGGAUGUGGGCGAUUCUGCUACGGCCGUCACCUUCUGUCCCCAGCUCUGCUCUGACAACGGUUAUCUGCUGGCCGUGGGACUGGAGUGCGGUCGGAUAAUCGUGUACGGGUGGAGGCCCGGCGGAGAUCGUGCCGGAGGUCAAGACUGGAUCAGAUACGGAGAAACAGACCCUUCACAAAGUCACACUCUGGCCAUCAAAAGGUUGCGCUGGAGGCCCCGCGCGGGCCGGGCGGGGGUCCCGGAGGAGCGUGCCUGGCUGCAGCUGGCCAGCGCCGGCGCCGACCACGCUGUCAAGAUCUUUGACAUCAACACAGAGGCUCUAUAGCGCCACCUGUUGCCGUCCUUUUGCACAAAUAACUAUAACAAACCAUGUUUUUGUUUUUUUUAAUUUAUACUGACCAAUAAACAACAAUUUUUUGUA